AUGAUACCGACCGGGAUCAACAAGUCAGAAGUCCAAUCCGGGGUGGAUAAAACCAAAGCCGUCCAUCCACCGGAAGGGGCUACAAUACUGCCGUGCCAUUUCGACAUCCGAACCAGUGCCGAGGGCCAAAAUUACCUGGUGAAGGCGCAGUCGUAUUUGCCACUGGUGACGAAAAGAUUUUUCCAUGCCCAUCAUUAUUCGGAUUUCGUGUACAAUCGCUCGAAAGAUGGGGCCAACUUCUACGAGGCUCGCAAUGUAGUCCGAUCGGUGUCUCGAAGUGUUCUACAUACGAAAGCCGCGGAUGAUAAAUUGAAUCCUACCAUAAGUGAGCCACUUCCGUCCGUUGGAACGGAUUCCAAGGCACGUGGUUUCCUGGACAUACUUUGCUCGCUGGCCAGGGAAGGUUUGCACUCGAUGGAUGGGCAAGCGCUGUUGGAUCAUCUGGAUGAGAUCAUCUAUACCGGGUUCGAAACGUCGGCCGUCAACAUUGGCCACAUGCUGCUGAUGCUGGCCAUGCACCAGGACAUUCAGGAGCGAGUCUACCAGGAAGUCAUCACCGUUUGUCCGAACCCUGAGGCCGAUGUAACGCUCGAGGACAUCAACAACCUUGUCUACACCGAAAUGGCCAUCAAGGAAACUCUCCGACUGUUUCCUGUCAUCUCCCUUUUCGGUCGAACACUUUCGGUGGAUCUGAAGAUUGAUGAUGAGUACACACUUCCGAAGGGGACUCAGGUGAUGAUAUCUCUGCAGCAGAUGCACCGGGAUCCGGAAAUUUGGGGUCCCAACAGUAACAGCUUCGAUCCGGACCAUUUCUUGCCGGACCGAGCAGCCGAGCGGCAUCCGUUUGCGUUCUUACCGUUUAGCGCAGGUCCACGCAACUGUAUCGGCUACCGGUACGCCUGGAUGUUGGUGCGCAUCGUGAUGGCCCAUCUGGUGAGGACCUAUCACUUCCGAACGACGCUACGGAUGGACCAGCUGGAUACGUCGUUUUCGGUGCUGCACAAAAUCUCCAACGGGUGUGUGGUGUCGAUCGAGAGGAGAAAACCGUGUAGCCAACGGUAGCUCGGUCACGUUUAGGGUUUAGGGAUCACUCAUUGUACAUUCCAUGUAUGUAAAUAUUAAACAUUUAGC